GCUACCCCUCCCCCCAGGCCGCGGAAGGAUACACGGGCCGGUGCUCCGCCUCCAGUCUGAGCGUCGCCAGUGCCUCAGUGGAGCCGAGUUUUAAAGUUAGGUGGGGAGGAUAGAAAAGAAAGGAGAAAAAGUUGAAACAAAGACAGAUGCUGUUGUCUGAGGAAGCAGGAAGCCAAGACUCCGACAUCCAGAUCUCAAUUUUGUAAAAAUAGUGAAAAGACAAUUAUCGAGGCUGAAGAAGGAAUACUUGCUUCUUCACUUUGUAUUGGUUGAAAUUUCCUCUGCUAAAACGGUGGCUAUUUUUAAUAGGUUUUUUUACUGCUCGCAGCUGCUGACUUUGCCCUAGAAGCUAGUGUGAUUUGAUACCAUUUAAUCUCUUCACAAUGACGAUGGCAAGUCUAUUCUCAUUUACCAGCCCAGCUGUAAAACGUCUUUUGGGCUGGAAGCAAGGGGAUGAAGAGGAGAAGUGGGCAGAGAAAGCAGUUGAUGCUCUGGUAAAGAAGUUGAAGAAGAAAAAGGGAGCCAUGGAAGAUUUGGAAAAGGCAUUAAGCAGUCCUGGUCAGCCCAGCAAAUGUGUCACCAUCCCACGAUCUUUAGAUGGGCGUCUUCAGGUAUCUCACAGGAAAGGGUUGCCGCACGUUAUUUAUUGCCGUGUAUGGCGCUGGCCGGAUCUUCAAAGUCAUCAUGAGUUGAAGCCGUUAGAUAUAUGUGAAUUUCCAUUCGGAUCAAAACAGAAGGAGGUCUGCAUCAAUCCUUAUCAUUAUAAGCGAGUGGAAAGUCCAGUUUUGCCUCCAGUCUUGGUUCCAAGGCACAGUGAGUUUAACCCACAACACAGCCUUCUUGUUCAGUUUCGUAACUUGAGUCAUAACGAACCUCAUAUGCCGCAUAAUGCCACAUUUCCGGAUUCCUUCCAACAGCCAAAUAGUAAUCCAUUUCCAAUUUCGCCAAAUAGUCCGUACCCUCCAUCACCAGCCAGCAGCACCUAUCCCAGCUCUCCUGCCAGUUCUGGGCCAAGCAGUCCUUUCCAGCUGCCAGCUGACACCCCUCCGCCUGCUUACAUGCCACCAGAAGAGCAGAUAAAUCAAGACAGUACACAACCUAUGGAUACAGGGAAUGUCAUGAUGACCUCUAACAUUCCCAAUCUUCCUAUUAUCUCCACCAGAGAUGUUCAGCCUGUUGCUUAUGAGGAGCCAAAGCACUGGUGUUCCAUUGUUUACUAUGAGCUAAAUAAUCGAGUUGGAGAGGCUUUCCAUGCUUCCUCUACCAGUGUUUUAGUGGAUGGAUUUACUGAUCCAUCUAACAACAAAAAUCGUUUCUGUCUUGGUCUUCUUUCCAAUGUAAACCGCAACUCCACCAUUGAGAACACCAGGCGGCAUAUUGGUAAAGGUGUCCACUUGUACUAUGUGGGAGGUGAAGUCUACGCUGAAUGUCUCAGUGACAGCAGCAUUUUUGUACAGAGCAGAAAUUGCAACUACCACCAUGGCUUUCAUCCUACCACAGUUUGUAAAAUACCAAGUGGUUGCAGCCUGAAGAUAUUCAACAAUCAAGAGUUUGCUCAGCUCUUAGCUCAAUCUGUAAAUCACGGCUUUGAAGCAGUUUAUGAACUGACCAAGAUGUGUACCAUUCGCAUGAGUUUUGUUAAGGGUUGGGGUGCAGAAUACCACCGCCAAGAUGUAACCAGCACACCAUGUUGGAUAGAAAUUCAUCUUCAUGGUCCACUUCAGUGGCUGGACAAAGUUCUUACCCAGAUGGGCUCUCCUCAUAAUCCAAUCUCCUCUGUAUCUUAACAGUGAAUUAUGAUCAGUAGGGUUGUGGAAAACACCAGAGGGAGGAAAUUUUAUUUAAACUGGACACUGUGAAAGAUAUACUGGAAGAACAAUAAGAAAACUUAAAUGGCAAUCUUUAAGAUUUUAUGACCAAUCAUUGAUUGUUUUGCCAUACUAAUACAUUGAGUGGUAUUUAUAGUUUUUUUGCCAUCUGCUAAAUGCAGCUGUUAAUGUUAAAAUACUGUUGAUGAAUGUUACUUAGAACCUUUGUGAUGCUUUAAAUCUGAAUGCUUCAACAUAUUGCUUUGCUGUGAAGUCCAACUGUAUUGAGCUGUAUAUACAUUUUAGGUGAUUAAUUAUGGGCAGUAAAAAUGACAUCUUAAGUUGUAGCCUGAUAAUGCUAACAAGAUGUUUCAAUGAUGUUAGCAUCUUAUGAAAAUGAUUUUUUUAAAAAAAAAUUGAUCAUGGUUAUACUAUUCCAGGGAAGCUAACUAUCAGUUGAGAUUCUGGUGAGCUGAGAAGUUUCUCCAUGUGGAACACUUUUUCUUGCAUUUGCCAAAAUGAAUAUGGUAGUUUUUUUUCCAGAAAACGCAAGCCUGUUCUGAGCAUUGUAUUUGAAACAUUGAGCUGCCUGUAGAAAAGCAUUUCCAUUUGUCAUCUUAUAGAUGUAUAUUGCAUCCAGUGUUGGGACGAGUCUUAAAUUUUGUAUUGUAUAUUCAUGAGCUUGGAGUUGAAUCAUAGUAUGUAGAACCUUCUGGUCCAACAGACGUUGUAGUGAGCUUAUAUGUAGUUAAUGCAGAUGGUCUUUGUUGGGCUACUAUAGGCAUUACUGAUCCUUAAAACUAGGGAAACUACUGGUGAACACAAGGAUACAGUUUAUAGUCCAGUGUGUAGUCAUAGCAGCCGGACUGUCCAUAAGUACAAGCAUUUCUGUUGCUGUAGAGGUGGAGACUACUGUCAUAUUUGCAUGCAUUAAAACCUUUCAUAUUUUAAUUCAUUCUCGCCUAUCGAUUCCUAAUGAUAGGCAAUAUAAGAGAGCAUUGAAAUUCAUUUUGUCAGAUUCUUCUCUGUAGCUUAAGUCAAAUGAGCAACAGUCUGAUUUGGAAUUUAUGUAUCAAAUAUGCUAGAAUUUAUCUUUCAGCAGUGCCUAUCUGAUGUCAAGCUAUUUACACAAAUUGUAGGUUAGGAAAGUGGAUUGUUAUCGAUAAUGCUUCUGUUAAUUUCAUCUGAAUCUACACUUCAUCUGCUCAUAACUUUGACAUUUCAUUAAAGAGCAGCAUAAACAAAAAAGAGAAAACCUUCAUAUUACAGGUAAAGAAAUUUUAUUUAUUUUUUUGGAGGGGGGUUGAUCUGUGUUUCAUUGGCAGGCCAGCAUUUAUUGCCCAUCUGUUAUUGGUGAGCUGUUGUCGUGAGCUACUGCUGUCCUUCUGGUGAAGGAACUCCCACAGCAUUAUCGAGUAGUGAGUGCCAAGAUUUCAAUGGUGAAACGCCAACAUUAUAUGGUGGUGGACUGCAGGUGGUGUUUUUUUUCUGUGUCUGCUUCCCUUACUGGUGAUAGUUUGGAGUCUGGGUAUUCCCGUCAGAAGUAAUGUUUCCCACAGUAGAUGAAUGCUGCAGGCAGGAACUCGGCAUAAAAUGUGUUUCCUUCAGGUGCUGGGUCUUUAUAAAGCUACAUAUAGCUCUUUCUAAUUUGUAUGAUUAAUAUUUGCUGUAAUUGUAGCUUGAUGUGCUUGAACUCACGAUUAUUGGCAGUGAAACUUUUCAAUAGUAUAAAUUGGUAAAUCUUUACAUAAUGAGUUAAUGAAUUCAAUGUAUGUGUCCAAAUUGUAUUUUUGUUGCUAUUUUGUUUAGUUUAUGAUCAGAAUUUAUAAAGUUUCUUUUGUAAACUACCAACUCCUGGAUAAAGUUUAGUUUCGAUAGGGAGUUAGUAACUUUUAAAAUAGAGAAAUUGUUUCUGCAUCUUAACCUCCCUUUCUCUUGGGGAUCCACAUGUAUGAAACAAAUGCUGAAUAGGAUAUAACAGCGCUAAUGUAAAAGUGGUGAAUGAUAAACUGGAUGAGAUAUUCUACUCUGCUAAAGUUAGCCUUUGUUUAAAGAGAAAAGAAACAUUGGAAAACAUGGCCAAUUACCUGCUAUUUUCCUAAUGCACCUUGUGCUCUUCAGCACCAUUUUCCCCUAUAAUAAAACUUCCUUAAAGUUGGGACUUGUUCAAAGGUUGAUAAAUGAGACUGACCAUAUCCUAAUUAUAAUUUGGCCAUUGCCUUCUGAUACUUUUCACUGACUUUUUACUUUGCUUCUGAUUUCAAUUGGCAGUACAUAUUGCUUUCAUGCUCAUAAACAUUUGCAAUUUUAAAUAUGCAAACCUGUUACAAGGCUUUAUUUUGCAUAACUUGGGAAAAUUUGAAGAUGUUUGAGUCCAUACAGCGUAGAAAUUUGUGUACUGUCAGAAUUCCUUUAAUAAAGAUAAUGCAUUUGCCUGUUAA